UAUAGGUUAUAUGUAAAAAAUCAACUUAAAUACUAAUAAAAUAAUACCUAUACAAUAAAUUUACUUAUACAAUAAAUUAUACAAUCAUUUAUCUAUUAUGCCAAAAAAGUUUGCAGGCGAAAACAAUAAAGCCGUCGAAGCCCGAGCUCGAAAAGCUGCAGCCAAAGAGGCUGAAAAUGCAAAAAAACAAAAAGCUGCCGAAGACAAAGAAUGGGAAGACAACGACAAGCAAAUUGUAAAAAAACAACAACGCAAAGAUGAACAGGAACGUAAAAAACAACAACUGCUCGAGAAAAAAGCAGAGGCUAAAGCUUUACUCGAACAAGAAAUGAGUUCUAUCAAAGUAGCCCCCAAGCAACCCCUGGCAAAAAUCACUCGGGCUCAAAUCAUGGCUGAGAACGAAAAACGCGAAGCCGCGAUAAAGAAUAUAAACAAACCUGUAUCCAUUACCCCUCCUUUAGAAGAGAACUUGAACAGACUCCAAAUCGAUGGUGAAGUAGCGAGGACUGUAGACGAUGCCAUAUAAGUCCUUUCCUCCAAAGAUCCUGAGAUCGAUAAGCAUCCCGAGAAGAGGCUCAAGGCUGCUUUUACCGCUUUCGAAGAAGCCAAUAUGCCAAGGAUAAAACAGGAGAAUCCUACGUUACGACUGUCACAACUGAAACAGAUUUUGAGAAAAGAAUGGAUGAAAUCGCCUGAGAAUCCGUUGAAUCAGAGACUCUUGAAGAAAUAAAU